CCUGACUGACCGGGCCUUGCCUGGGCUCCUUCUGUUUUCUUACAGAGUCAGUGGGCUCCCACUUGUGCGGAUGUGCACAUUUCCUAUUUGCCUUUAGCACACAUGUUUGAGCGAAUGGUGCAGUCUGUCGUCUACUGCCAUGGAGGCCGUGUUGGCUUCUUCCAGGGAGAUAUUCGCCUCCUCUCAGAUGACAUGAAGGCUCUGUGCCCCACCAUUUUCCCUGUGGUCCCUCGACUGCUGAACAGGAUGUACGAUAAGAUCUUCAGCCAGGCAGACACGCCAUUAAAGCGCUGGCUCCUGGAAUUUGCAGCGAGGCGUAAACAAGCUGAGGUUCGGAGUGGAAUUGUCAGGAAUGAUAGCAUCUGGGAUGAACUCUUCUUAAUAAGAUUCAGAGCCUGGUAG